AUGAGUACUACGAAUAAAUACAAAGGCAUUCGACGUCGAAAAUGGGGCAAAUGGGUGUCAGAAAUUCGAGUUCCGGGCACGCAAGAACGUCUCUGGUUAGGUUCUUAUUCAACUCCUGAAGCCGCAGCAAUAGCACAUGAUGUUGCAUUUUAUUGUCUACGAGAAACUUCAUCACCCGAAAAACUCAACUUUCCUUCAAUGUUACCGGCAAGUGCCCGGACAGGAUUGUCACCUAGGUCGGUGCAGAAUGCGGCCUCAGAUGCUGGCAUGGCCAUGGACGCUCAAUUAUCUUCGAAAAACAAAUUAUUCAUAAGUGAGUAUUGUGAACCACCAGGGGAGUGGAGUGGUCAGUCUAGAGAAGGUGAAGCUUUGAGCAUUUCAGUUGAAGAUUAUCUAUAG